AUGAAGAAACUGCUUUGGUGGGCUGCUUGGAGUACUUAUGAGGAAGAUUUCAAGGAUCAGUUGAGUGCACUUGGUGCAUUGUCAAAAAGUGCUGCCAAGGAUUUGCUUAAGUAUCCACCACAGACAUGGUGCAUGGCAUAUUUGGAUACUAUAUGCAAAAAUCAAAUAGUGGAUAAUAAUUUCACAGAUUCUUUCAACUCUUGGAUCCUGGAAGCAAGAGGUAAGCCAAUCUUAAAAAUGCUUGAAGAUAUAAGAAUCAAGAUAAUGAACAGGUUAAGAGAGAAGGAAGAAGAUGCAAGCAAAUGGACUACUGAUUAUAGUCCUAAGUGCAUGAAAUUGUUCACUACAUAUAUGAGAAUAGCUCAAUUAUGUAGUGUCUAUUUUAAUGGUGAUCUUGGAUAUGAAGUGUCUGAGGGUGAAGAUAGGCACACAAUGAACUUGGUUGAGAAAAAAUGCACAUGUAGGUCAUGGCAGUUGACUGGCAUUCCAUGCCCUCAUGCCAUCAAAGCUAUGUUGUACCAGAAGAUAGAACCAAAUAAUGAAAUUAAUUGGUGGUACAGUAAGGAAGCUUAUUUGAUGACAUAUAGGGAAAAGUUGAUGCCUGUAAGAGGUGAACAAUUCUGGAAUGUAUUGCCAGAACAUGCAAUGGUUCCACCUGAUCUUGUGAAAACAGUGGGAAGACCAAAGACCAAAAGAACUAGGGAAAAAGAUGCAGCAAUUAAAAGAGCUGGAGAGUGGGCUCACUCAAGAAAAGGAACUAAAAUGACAUGUAGUAAGUGUGGUGAAACAACUCACAAUGCAGGAACAUACAAUUUUGUUGAAGGAGAACAAGGGGCAACAUUGAAGAGAAAAAGGGGCAGAACUGAGGAAGAGUCUGAAGAAGAAUCUGAAGAAGAGGUUGAAGAACCCCAUGGAGAAGAUUAUGAUGUUAAUAGCUCAGCCCCUAGACCAACACAAGAUGAAGAAUGCCAUUUCAUGUCCUCACUACAGUAUGAACCAUUUGGACAUGCUAGAGAGCCUGAAAGUGAUUCAGAUAUAAGGCCUCAAGUCAUAUCUGAAAAUAGUACAAAACUAAAAAUGAGGAUGAAUCAACAAAGAGCAACUGGAAAUAGAGUUAUAUCUUUUAGAGGUGAUCAUGCUGGAAUUAGUGAGCCUACAGAUUUACCUUACUCACCCACUAAUCUCACUUGGAAAGGAAAAGAAGUUGUCACUGGCAAUCAGUUGGAAAGAGAGAGACAGAAAAAGGUGGACAAGUUGAAGACAAGAAAAACUAAUGGGAAAUCCCAGAUUUGA